CAGUGAUUUCUUCCCACUGCGUCUGGCUAAUUCUGCCUUCCUCAUCGUCUUUCUGUUUCAUCGUAGGUUGAAGAAAAGAAACCGCCAACAUGCCACAGGGGAAAAAGAUGACCACGAGCCGCAAGCAUCAUCUGAAGAGUUUGAUGCUUAAGAUCGCGGCGAACUGGAUCGAACAAGAGACGAAAGACCUGGCCGUUGCCAAGAAGGCCCACCUUGAUGAGACAUGUGCCAAACCCAACCUGACCGGAGACCAGGCGGCACUCAUAGAUGUCUGCAAAAAGCUCUCCACCCUAAUCGACAAAGUGGAUGAGGACAGAUACGACGCGAUGAUGAAAGUGGAAAAGGCUAAUAAAGAGAUCAAGGACCUAAAGAUCAAAGUGGUCGACCUGGCCGGAGUGAAGAAACCCCCUCUGAAGAGAGUACGUUUGACCGCCGACACCAUGUUGAAGGCUCUGCUUGGCGCCAGAAACUCCGUCAACAUGGAUCUGAGGUCCAACCUGAAGCAGGUGAAGAAGGAGGCGAAAGAGGAGGCUGCAGAUGCCGGCGAUUGGCGUAAGAACGUUGAGGACAAGGCCGACAGGAAGAAGAUGUUUGAGACUGCCUAAAGAAUUAAACGUCCUCCUGUGGUUGCUUUCAGCUGUUUAGCACUUGUUUUGGAAUUUAUGGAAAUUUUCAUUGAAAUUUUUGUUGCAUUAAAUCUGUAAGUUACAGCUUGAUCUGUCAUUUUACGUUUAAAGUAAAGUGAGUCGAUUAGAUUUUUCUGAUCUCAGCCGAAGUGUUUUGGACUUCAACAAAUCUGUAGUCUUGACUUCCUGUUUCACUUUUGACAACUUCCUGCUCUCUUAGUGUUUUUUCUGUAAUAAAUGUUUUUGUUUCCUA